AUGAUGAAAUGUGUAACAGCAUUCAUUUAUUUAUUAUUAAUUUUAAUUAUUUAUGUUGAUCAACAACAGGCUAGUCCUUUAGAUUUUUUGUCUAGAAAACAUUUUGAAUAUUAUCCAUUAUCGUUGGACGAUACAAUUGAUGAUAUUGAACAAACACAACAUGAACGUUCUAAUGAUCGUGAUUUUAGACGUUUUAUUAAUGAUCCAUCACUAUUUCAACAACAACGACGAUUUGGUAAUACAAAAUAUGGUCGCAGUUUAUUCAAUGCUUAG